CUUUCCGUCAGUUACGAGGAGAGCGGCUCGGUGCUCACCAGCUCGCUCGCUCGCAUCCUUUGCUGUGCAUUUGUGUCAAUCGUCCCGUAAACGGUUAACCAAAAGCACAAGAGGAGAAGACGAUACCUCGCCUGAGAUAACAGAACCUUCAAACACCCGGUCUGCACGCAGCCAACCAGAGUUAGGGAAGAAGUUUGCGGCGCAAAAUUAAAAAAGGCAGAGCACGCAGGCAGGCGUUGCAGAAACAGAAGCGGCCGCACGUGCACGCGCUUCUCACUUCCAGGACGCUCGCUCUCAGCCACCUGCACGCGCUCCUCACCGCACCGUCGCUUAUGGGUUCAUGCAUCGAAUAACUCCAUAAAUAAAUAUAUGAAAAAAAAAAAAACAGAAUAGGUGACUGCUGUAAAGAUACGGCUCUCGUCGAUGAAGAACAUAAAAUGACCGUACAUUUGUGAGAGGAAGAUCCAACUUGGGACAUUUACCAGUCCUCUUACAGGUAGCCGCGCGUAAGCUCAUGCUGUCGGAUCAAAAUUACACUCACGGGGAGGCGCUGCUGGCUACAGGCACAGGCAAGAGAAGUCUUUGAGUUGGCAAAGCGAACAGAAGAGGAGCCUGAGAGCAACAAGGCUCAGAAACGUCUACCUAGAAAAAGAGCCUCCAAUGGAUGCCGGCAGUCCCCGUUGGCAAUACCCUGUCAGUUCAUGUUUGGACUGACAAGAUCCUCUUGCACUUUUUUACGUUUUUAUGUUUGAUAUUUUAGACGGCUAUUGUAACAUCUUGUUAUUGAUAUUGAGUUUUUUUCUUUUUGUUAUUUCUUUACGAUUUAUUUUAAUUCAGACUUUUUUUCGGAACAAACUCUCAGCAUACUUUUUCUACUCGGAAUAUCCAGACCAAAAAAGACACUACGUUUUGACUAUAUAAUCAUUAUAAAGUAUUCAUAACUACUUGCUGUGGUAGAAGAAACAAAAACUUACAGAGCAGCCAACAGGACUUCGACAAGUUUUGGGAGAAUGAAGAGUCCCUGGGUGAAGUAUGACCUGCCGGUAUAUUGUUUUUAAACUGCUGCUUCUAAUGGUUCCAUGGGAGUGGAUAACACUGAGUCUUCACUGCUGGGUUUCAGCUGCCACAGCGACUUCCAGUGAUGCUGCUGGUCCUCUGGGCUGGCUGCUGUCUGAUAAAGGACCUUUUCAUCACUCGCAGGAAUUUACCGAAUUUGUGGAAAGGUAUCAGCAGGGAUUUACGACCAGAUACAAAAUAUAUAGAGAGUUUGGACGCUGGAAGGUCAACAAUCUUGCAUUAGAAAGGAAAGACUACAACGGUUUUGCUUUGCCCCUUGAUCCAGAGUUUAUGAAGAAUAUUCGAGCACUGGGACGCAGACCAAGCCUUAAAAAGAUCACCGAAAACAUCAUCAAGAAAUAUGGAACUCAUUUUCUGCAGUCAUCAACAUUAGGAGGUGAGGAGUCCCUGACUAUCUUUGUGGACAAGAGAAAACUCAGUAAGAAGGCCGAUGCCAUUGACUCCAACGGUAAUAGUACAUCAGUGACACUGGAGACGCUUCAUCAACUUGCUGCCUCUUAUUUCAUUGAUAGAGAAAGCACACUGCACAAGCUUCAUCACAUUCAAAUCGCCUCCACCGCUAUCAAGGUAACUGAAACUAGAACUGGUCCUCUUGGAUGCAGUAACUAUGACAACCUGGAUUCUGUCAGUUCUGUUCUGGUUCAGAGUCCUGAGAACAAAAUUAAUCUACAAGGGUUACAAGUGAUUUUACCAGAAUAUUUGAGAAAACGAUUUGUUCAGGCGGCUCUGAGCUAUAUUGGCUGCAACUCAGAGGGAGAAUUUGUUUGUAAGAAUAAUGACUGCUGGUGCCAAUGCAGCUCUAAAUUCCCAGAAUGCAACUGCCCAUAUAUGGACCUCAAAGCACUUGAAGAAAAUCUCAUGCAACUCAAAGAAACGUGGACUGCCAGCAAUAAGGAGUUUGAGGAUUCAGAAGAGUUUAAGCUGUUUAUGAAAAGACUACCAACAUUUUAUGCAUUAAACAUAUCUGCUGUCCAGCAUUUGUGGAAAAUGGAUUUGAACCUACAGCAUCGCUACAAACAGCUGGAAACCAGCACGAGUCAACUCCUGAGCAAGGCACAAAGGAUUAUUAAUAGACUUUUCAGCCUUAGUAAACGAUGUCGCAUGCAGCCUGAGAUAACAGUACUCAAAGAAAGGUCUGUGAAUUACUGGUGGCGUUAUAUUCAAUCCAUUCUGUACUGCAGCGAAAACAACCACAUCGGAACAUUUUCUGAGGUGACAAAAAGCUGUUCUUGUCCCUAUGACCAACUUAACUGUCAAGGAGUCAUCCCCUGUACUGUGGGAGAUGGAUCGUUUUGUGCCUCUUGCUCAUAUGAUAACCGUACACGAUGUGGAAAUUGUAACCCAGGAUAUAUGUUGAGCCAAGGGAUUUGUAAACCAGAAGUUCCAGACUCCACUGAGCACUACAUUGGGUUUGAAACUGACCUGCAAGACCUGGAGUUGAAAUAUUUACUUCAGAAACGCGACAGCAGAAUAGCCGUUCAUGCAAUUUUCAUUAGCAAUGACAUGCGCCUCAACAACUGGUUUGACCCAUCCUGGCGUAAAAGAAUGCUGCUUACCCUUAAGAGUAACAAGUAUAAGUCCAACCUUGUCCAUAUGCUCCUUGGGAUGUCUAUGCAGAUCUGCUUGACCAAGAACAGCACGCUGGAGCCAGUGCUCUCUGUUUACAUCAACCCAUUUGGUGGAAGCCACUCGGAAAGCUGGUACAUGCCUAUUAAUCAAAAUAGCUAUCCAGACUGGGAAAGGACUAAGAUGGAUAUACCACUGGACUGUUUUAACUGGACAUUAACAUUGGGCAACAAAUGGAAAACGUUUUUUGAAACUGUUCAUAUUUAUCUGAGGAGUCGUAUCCGCUCGCCCGGAUUUCAUGCAAACAGUAGUGUCUAUUAUGAACCUUUGGAGUUUUUAGAUCCUGCAAGGAAUUUGGGUUAUAUGAAAAUAAAUAACGUGCAGGUCUUUGGAUACAGUAUGCACUUUGACCCAGAAGCUAUUCAGGACUUAAUCCUACAGUUGGACUAUCCAUAUACUCAGGGAUCUCAGGACUCGGCCCUGCAGCAGCUGCUGGAAAUCAGAGACCGGGUCAACAGACUUUCGCCCCCUGGACAACAACAACUGGAUCUUUUUUCAUGUUUACUUCGCCAUCGACUUAAACUAUCGACAAGUGAAGUUAUGAGAAUACUGAACGAUCUGCAGACUUUCAAUACCAAACUACCAAACUCGGUCGAAUAUGAAACCACCAAAUUAUGUACUUAGAAUGUGACGGCUGCAAGUCCCUUUUUAAUUUCAGUUUAGCGAAGCAGCAAAUAAACCAAGAGAACACAUUUUACAUCCUGUUACAUAGUACUUUUUUUAAAUUAUUAAUAGAAGUCAAAAUCAAAUGUCCUAUGGUAAGGCCUGACUUUUUUUAGUAAUCCCAAAUUGUAGUUUACUGAAUUGUUUCAGCCUUUGCUGUCUCUUCUUUUUUAUACCGAGUGCUUAUUAAAGAUACAACUGAAGGCAAAAUGACGUAUGUAAAGUAUUCGUCCUACUAAUUUGUUAACACAUAAACAAAAGUAGUUUUUAUUGUUGUCUAUAAAUAUGGAAGAAAUAUUUUAAACUCU